AUGUCAGGCGAAACGCAGGAAGAGCCCUUGGCUGGUGAUGCGCUUGAUUCGGGGUCUUCCGAGAAAGCUUCUGAUCACGAAUCCAAUGACAAUAAUGAUGACCCUACUGAAGCUGAGGAGAAGGGGGAAGAUGAGAUCGAUUUCUCCCAAAGACCUUUGCACAAAUUGCUGGACAAAAUGGCAAAAGAUAAGCCACAAGCUUUUGAAACCGACGUUGAUGAGCUCCGAACAUUGCUCGACCUGGAAGAGACAGAGAUUGACCUGCCUCACACAGACGGUAAAACGGCUCUCCACGUCGCAGCUGAGAAAGGGCUGGUUGAGGCAGCUAGAAUUCUUAUUGAUGCUGGCGCCAGCCUCUCGAAGAAAGAGGACAAAGAACGGCAGCCACUUCAUCUAGCUUGCAGAGCCGGCCACACUGAAAUGGCACGACUACUUCUCGAGAGAAAAGCGGACAUUGAGGCGCUACAAUAUCAAGACACCACUGCCCUAGAUGACGCUGCCUACUAUGGCCAUCUCGAAGUUGUUGAGCUACUUCUCGAAUCCGGCGCCAACAGUCAAGUCGCUGAUGACGAGAAAUACACCCCCCUUCAUAAUGCAAGCUACCAAGGUCACGAAAAGAUAGUCCGUGCCCUCCUCAAAAACAACCGCGCGAACAUUGAUGACAGGGAUGGGAUUGAUGGAUUUACUGCGCUGCAUUUGGCUAUGUGGAGAGGGCACAAAGAAACCGUCCAUACGCUGCUUGAAUUCGAGGCGAGACUUGACGUUCAAGAUAACGACGGCUGGACUCCUUUGCUGACGGCGACGAAGCGGUUCCCGGAUUAUGUCGAGAUCUUUUUACGACAGUCCAAUUCCAAAGCCCAAGUUGAGAUACCUGACAAUGAUUCAUAUACACCUUUGCUGGAGGCCAGCAAGAACUCUGAGCUGGAGAUUGCAAGUCUUUUGAUCGGUGCAGGUGCGGACUGCAACGCCGAAGAUAAGUACGGGAGGACUGCGCUGCAUUUAGCAAGUAAGACAGGGAACCCGAGUAUCGUCAAGCUGCUCUUGGAAACUGCGGAUAUCAGCAUAGAUGCGCAAAGCAACGACCUCAACACACCACUUCACCUGGCAGCUGGUGUUAGGCCAAAAAGCGAGAAUGUUGCGGAUCUCGUCUCUAUACCAGAGGAGUUGAUCAUCGAUGAGUAUGAGUAUGAUGAAGGCCAGUAUGGUACAGUAGUCCGAUACCUACUCGAACAUAAGGCAGAUCCGAGAGUGAAAAACAAAGAUGGCGAGACCGCAUUGCAUUACGCUGCAGCAAGUGGCGAUCUCAGCAGGGUUGAAUCUAUCUUGGACAGCAUGAACCAAGAGGAUAUGCAAACACGAAAUAACAAGGGUUGGACUGCACUACACUCGGCGUUCAAAGGGAAAGAUCCCACUACUGCUAUGUCCAGUCUUUUACAAUCAUGCAAGAUUGACACGGCUGAUUUCGGGAAGGAUGAUCAAAUGUGGGAGCAGGCAGUGAAGUGGGCUGCAAGCAACUCCCAUAAUCACGGUGUUGCGAAACUGCUUUUUAAGAAAAGACCGGGGGAACCUCGUCCUCCAAUAUCUGGCAGUUGGAGCGCAAUCCAGUGGGCGGCCCAUGAUCAACUGCCAGACGUCCUUGAGCAACUAGUCGACACAUCCCAUGAUAGUGAAGACACAGACAAGGCACUAGAAUCAGCACUGGCAUCGAUCUUGGAAUCAAUUAGCCGGUCCAAGGGCGGUAGCGUGAACGAACGCUCGGCAAUGGUGCUCUCGCUGCUCAUGUCCACCUCCCCCAGGCCAGAUGAGAGCAGGUUACGUUCCGCUCUAGAUGCAGUCCUAGACCUCAUUGUCACGCCGAACGACGGCAAGGUGUGUGAACAACUUCCACGGUUGCUUUGGUUAAUAAUCACUGCCCAUAACCGAUGUACCGAGACGGAUAACCAGCUGAAAAGCGCAUUGAGCGUAGUGAGAUCGCACAAAGUCCAGGCAAGACAGAAUGAAAUGGAGAUCCUACCAACGAGGCUUUUGGAUAUCUCUUCCCAAGUGAAAGUCAAGAGGGGCAGCAACAGGGAUAGGGGGAGGAAAGAGGUAAUGGAACAGGAUAUACAGCAAACUCAAACGAAGCCGGGCGACCGAAAAGGGUUCAGAAUGGAGGACUUGGAGGCUAUCGAGGUUAUUCUGCAAGAUCCUCCUUUUGCACAGGUAUAUGAAGAUAGCAAACGUUACGAGCUACCUAAACUUAAGGAGGAUUUUGCAGAUAAGCUCUCUGGGUUUAUGGCGGACAUCGUGCAGUUCUACAAGAGCCAGGGGCCAAAGAAGAUCAUGGAUACAACAAUGAAAAGUUUGGAUAGCAUUAUUGGCGAGGAAUCGGGACUUCCAGGUCACACAAUGGACACCAAGGCUGGACCGCAUUUCACAUGGGUUCAUUUGCCAUCUACCAACAUGGAUUGGAUGAAUGACCUUUUAAUGAGAAUUAUGAAGGACGAGCAGCACGACGUAUGGCAGUUUCGAGAUGCUAGAUCAUUCUUUCGAGACAGUUGGGCCGAGGUACCAGACGAGUCAGCCCAAUCAAGGAUCAUGAGGCCUCGAACCGUAACAAAGAGACGCGCAGUGGACGUGGAAGGCUCAGGGAAGGCUGAACUCAGAGACAUGACGGAAGGUAAGGGCAAGAAAGGGGAAGAGGAGGGAGACGAGACGAAUGUUAAGAAAGGUUCACACAAGAGGAAAUCUAAGAUUUCAUCGGCAUCAGCUACUUACAGGAAGUACGAAAACCUCCUAGAGGUUUACACUUCCUCGGGUAAUCACAGGUCGCCAACUCUUGAUGAGUGGUACUACCACUUCGAGAAUGGAGACAAGGCUCAAGAAGACAAGGAUCAUCGCAACAUGACGCAAGUCGUCACCAAGUUCGCCAAGAAUGAAGAUGAGAGCACUGAGCAUCCAGAAGGUCCUAAAAUUGCAAAGAGUGAGCCUGAUGAAUGGACACUACUACGAAUUAACCAACUGUGGAUCUGGACGUUUGCUGACAAAUGGCUGAUAACCGCUACAUCUUGUUUGUUGGAUGAUAAGCACGAUACUCUGGCUGAAGGAAUUCUUCGUCAUCUCAGCAAAGAAGCAGACCUUGGAGGCAGCGGAUCCCAGUCAUCGUCUGUGUCUGGGAUGGUUGAAACGAUUGUUGACUACUGCAUUAGGGCGUAUGAGAGAAACCCAAAGCUUCCGGGGUUGACAUCUAUCGGUCAGACUUAUUCUCACUACAUGAACAAACUUAGCAGGGAUGAAACAGCACUGUUCGAUAAAUUUCGGCGCCUGUCGGAAAGCUAUCAGCAAAUUGCAGCACCAAAAGGCUCAUCUGGAGACUCUCAUCAAGCCUCAAGCGGUCUUGAACGUGAGGAUGAGAUUAGGACAGCUCUGAGACAAGCGGAGAAGCUAUACAGCGAGAUCAAAGAUUUUCGUGACGAGGUAAAUAUUCUGAAUUCGGCUGCACAGUAUCAGCUGGCCGUUCAAAAGAGGCUACCGGGCAACAAAGGGAAGGGUGCAGACAUAUCAGCAAGCUACGUUCUGGAAGAUCUUGAAAAGAUGGACAGGGUUGCAAAUCGUAUCGAACUAGCUGUCAACACAACAUUGUCGCUUCAACAAAGUGAGAUCUCGAGCCGCCAAGCAACUCUUGCAACCCAUCAGGCAUUGCAAUCAACAGAACAGGGAAAGGUUCUCAUGGCUUUCACUUUUGCAACACUCUUGUUCCUUCCCUUGUCAUUCCUCUCAUCCCUCUUCGCGUUGGAUGUGAGUUCCUUCCAGCAGACUCCUGCGUGGGCUUUUGCUGUUUUAUUUCUUGUGGCAGUUGCUGUCUCUUUGUUUCUAGGCCUUGUUGCUAUCAAUUGGAACAGGACCAUUCCAGCAAUUAAGGCACGAGUAUCAGUUGUUGACAGAAACUCUGAGGAGUCUCAAUCGAGUCCCCCAGAAGGCGACAGAGUUAAGACGACUGAGAGGCUGGAGGGUUCUGCAGAGCCCGACAGCGAAAAGUACUCUUGGAUCAGCAGUUGUAGACGAAGGAAGCAACAAACCAAUGUGUGCUAG